UGUUUCUGGAAGGCCGUCCUGUGCAGAUCGCCCGGCGAGGCUGGGCUGUAACUUGAGGCCAGGAAAGCGAUAGAGAGAGAGAACGAGAAAGAGAGAGAGAGGGAGGGAGUGAGAGAGAGAGAGGGAGGGAGAGGCUGAGAGAGUUAUGUCAAACCAGCUGAGCUCAGAAAGUAAACAGAGCUCGAGACUGAAGCAUGCUUUCCGCGGGACGCCAGCUGGUCGCUCUCCGCAGGGGGACACGUGCGUCCCCUUGCGCCGGCAGCGGCGCCCUCUGGCAUCUCCUCCUCCUCCUCCUGGUCUUCGUCGCCCGGGGAGCAGCGUGGCCGCGCGACUACAGAUUUUGGUACGAUUCCUGCCCCGGCUCUGAAUGGAGCAUCAUGUGCCAAGGCUGCUGCGAGUACGACCUCAUCCGCUGCAAGUGCCCCACCCAGGGGUCGCCGGUGGGCUAUGCAGUGCCCUGCUGCCGGAAUGCUGUCAAUGAGUGCGACCCCUGCAUCAUCCAUCCAGGUUGCAGCAUCUUCGAGAACUGUAAACGCUGUAACAAUGGCACAUGGGUGGCCAAGGACGACUUCUUUGUCAGGGGGAAGUACUGUGCUGAGUGUCGGCCCGGCUGGUCCGGAGGCGACUGCAUGAGAUGCGGAGGAGUGAUCAGGAAGGCCCAGGGUCAUGUGGUUUUGGAGAGCUACCCGACAAACGCACGCUGCGAGUGGACGCUGCAGGUGGAAAAGGACUUCACCAUCGAGCUCAGCUUCCGGAUGAUCAGUCUGGAAUUCGACUACAGCUGCCGCUACGACUACAUCGAGGUGCGAGACGGCGACGGCCUGAGCUCCCGCGUCAUCGGCCGGUUCUGCGGGAACGAGCGCCCGCCGCCCAUCCUCAGCUCCGGAAACUCGUUGCACAUCCUCUUCGUCUCGGACGGCUACAAGAACUUCGACGGCUUCUUCGCCACAUUCCAGGAGAGCUCGGCGUGCAGCUCCUCCCCCUGCCGCCACGACGGGACCUGCGUGCUGGACUCGUUGGGCUCGUACCGGUGUGCGUGCCUGGCCGGCUACACGGGCCGGCAUUGCGAGAAUGGUAAGCCGUACCUGCCACGUCUGUGCCGGGACGUCGCGGCCGAUCUGAGUGCGAAUAGUUUCCACAGCAGCUGCUGUCCCACUCUGACAUGUCCCUCCUCCCCCUGCUGGCACCACAGGUUAAGCCCGGUGCAAAAGUUCUACUCGUCCUCCACCGUCAGGAAGGUGUAUGACCCAGUCGUCCCAACAAAGGGUCCCCCGGUGCUGGCCGAGCUCCCCCAGGGCUAUCACCACCUGUACACCCACAUAGAGUACGAGUGUGCCUCCCCCUUCUACCACCACUCUGGCAGCUCUCACCGCACGUGUCUCAAGACGGGCAAGUGGAGUGGGCGUCAUGUCUCCUGCUCACCAGUGUGUGGGAAGCUGAGCAGCUUCAGCGCGCGGAGGCCGGCCGACACACUCUGGCCCUGGCACGCUGCCAUCUAUAGGCGCUCCAGCGCCGGUAUCGCUUCCAGGAUCGCCAAGAAGGAGAGCCUGGCGGCAGGCCUGGGGAAGGGGGCCCUUGGGGGGAAAGGGUCUCUAGAGGCGGCCGUGGCGGGGGCGGAUGAGGAGGAGGAGACCGGGAUGGGCGGCUGGCAGCUGGUGUGCAGUGGCGCCUUGGUGAACCAGCGCAGCGUGGUGGUGGCUGCCCACUGCGUGACAGAGCUGGGGAAGGCGCACCCGAUCAUCCCCGCCGACGUCAAGGUGGUGAUGGGGAAGCACUACAGGAGCGAGCUCAGGGAGACCAAGAGCCUGCAGCACCUGCGGGUGUCUGCUGUCCUGGUCCACUCUAACUACGACCCACUGGUGCUGGACUCGGACCUGGCGGUGCUGAAGCUGCUGGAUAAGGCGCGGGUGGGCGAACGCGUGCUGCCCGUCUGCCUGCCCGACGUGUGGGAGGGCCAGGCGGCCGCGCACCAGGCCUACGUAAUCGGCUGGCCCAUCCUGCCAGGCGCGGGCGGCACGGAGGCCGAGGGCACGGCGCGGGCGGGCCUGGUGGAGCUUGCCGACAUGGUGGCAUGCGAGCGGCAGUUCGCGCAGCACGGUGCCGCCAUCGGCGUCACAGACAACAUGCUGUGCGGCCGGCAGCACCCGCGCGCCCUCUCCGACAUCUGCCCCGCCGACACCGGGGGCAUCGUCAUCCUGCCCGCCCCCGAUCACCCCGAGGGCCUUGAGGAGACCCGUCGCGUUUGGACCCUGCUAGGGCUGGUGAGCUUCGGCUACGAUCGGCGCGCCUGCAGCCCGGAGCUCUACACCGUCUACACGCGCGUUUCCAGCUUCAAGGACUGGAUCCAGAGGAACAUGAAGUAGGGCUCCUCACGGGUCCCUUCUCAGUCCUCGGAUCAAGCUGGGGCCUCGCUAAAUUAAACGGCAACACUGGACCCUGGGGCCCUGGUUUAACAAGCAGCGGUGGAGAUAACCGGCCUUCUCACUUGGUGCUCGUGACUCGUGACUGACCGGGGGGCCGGGUCUCCAGCUUCUGUCCCAUUAGCAUACGCCACAAUGUACAUAUACUGAACUGUAUUAUUCAGAUAUAUCUAAGAAGACCAACGGGCUUGUAAAUAUUGUAAAAAGAAACUGUGUGAAAAAUUAUGAGAUCUGAAUUAAAUCUGUGUUUAAUACAG